AUGAAUUCAGUUUUAGCUUUACUAAAUAAAGAUUCAUUAGCAGAAGAUUUUCAAUUUGAUUAUGUAGCUCUUUCUUAUCUUAAACCUCAUUUAAUAGCAGCAAUAAAUUCUAUUUUUGAGAAUUUUAUUGGAAAUGCUGAUGCAUAA